AUUAAGCGCAAAUGCAAUAAAAAGCGAAAGGCAACAACAAAACCACGCAAUAUGCCGCCGCAGCAACGAUUUGUAUAAAUUAUUGAAAAGUGAACGGUGACCAGCGUUAUUACAAGACAAGACGAAGACUCUUUGUGUUCGAUGUUGUUUUAUAUAUUUUUUUUUGUGUAAAGAAAAUUCUGCGUAGCAAACAAACCGGUCGGCGCUCUUAUACAUAUUAUACACACAAACACAAACAAAAACCCGUAUAUGCACGGGGAAAAAGUGCUUGCAAAGUCGUGGAAAUGCAUUUCGUGUGACACAAACAGCAUUGAGACAUUGAAUUUAUUUAAAUAUAGUAUUUGCUUGCCAUAUCCAUAAUUUUUUUGUGCCAAGCAGAAGGCGACGCAAAAGGCGGCCAUAUGCGACUGCUGCCUCUGCCGACACUUCUGCUGCGGGGAUGAAGGUGCAAAGGUGGGGUGCUCUGAAAGCUAAAACUGAAAUGUUUGCCGUUCGCGUAUUGUAAAUUGCUUUUGCAAACACACACACACACACACGCCGAUACAGGAACACACAACUCAACUCCCUCUGCCUCUUUAGCUGGAAUCGUGUGUUCCACUUUUGAUAUCCAGAGCAGUGAGCAGUGAGCAGCGACGCCAGCGUACGACGCACUGUCCUGAUUUCGUCUGCCACCAGGAGGCAAGUGCAACCAGGACAAACUUCUUUCGUUCGUUCGGGCGGGGCGUGUGCUCUGUGGCCGUGUGCGUGCGGUGUGCGGUGUGCGGCGUGGAUGGUCCAAGAGAUUCUGGGCCAGGAUAAUUGCGAAAUGCACGGGAGCUGCUCCAGCAGCAGCUCUCCCUUUGGCUCCCCAAUGCGUGAGACUUAGAUGCUCCAGCGGAGGGACCAGGAUUGGGAAGAGUCCAGAUGUCGUCGAGCAACGGCGGCAUUAACAGUGCCACGAACGGCCGCAGUGGCAGCACCGGCAGUGCCAACAUCAGCCUCAAUAUCAAGGGCACUGCGGCUGGAGGAGCGGCUGCAGCGUCAACAAGUGCCACAACCACGUCAAUUACACACAAAACACUGCCGGACCUGAAGACGCAGCGAAGCAACAGCGUCUGCCACAGCCAGGAGACCUACUCCGGCAACAGGAGAGUCGCCCCCACGGAGAAGCCGCCAGAAAAGCCGCUCAGCUAUGCCCCAGCCCAGAGUAGGGCCACGGGAAAGGAACCCAAGGAUGGUCACUUGGUGUACUGUGAGGGCAAGCUGCACUCGGGCCCGCUGAAGUCGCUCAUCACCCACAUGGUGCCCACCCACGAGUACUAUCCGGACGAGAGCUUCGUGUUUGCCUUCCUGCUGAGUGCCAGGCUCUUUGUGCGGCCGCACGAGCUGUUGGCGCAGAUUUCGACAACCUGGGAGCAGCAGCAGGGAGCAGGUGGCGGCUGCGAUGUGGUCGACGAUGCCGGACAGGUGCUGAACCUCAGCAUAAACUCCGCCUCGCCCCUGACCCAGCGAAAGGGAGCAGCAGCGGCGGCGGCAAUAGCGACGGCGACGAGUUCGGAGCUGGAGCCAAAGCCGCAGCAGCGGACGAGUACGCAGCGAUCGGCCCAGCACUGCAUACGGCUGCUCUCGGAGUGGAUCGAGAUCUUCCCGUACGACUUCAGAGAUGAGCGCCUCAUGCAGCAGGUGCGCAUCCUGGCCAGGAAGUGCGUCUACAUCGACAACUCGCUGGGCAAACAGGUCUCUCGCAUUCUACAGCUGCUCGUGUCCCGUCUGACGGCCCUGGAGCAGUACGAGGAGUUCCUGCUAACGCUCACCACGGAGGCCAGCGAGCGAGAGGUGGUGGCGGUGGCUUCUGGCCAAAGUCAACACCACCAUAAUCAUCAUCAUCAUCAUUUGCAUAAUCCCUUUCAAACUUUUCUGGGCAGCUCGCACUCGCAUGCCAAUGGCGUGGGUGGUGGGGGCUCGGCCAGCGGCACCUCCAACUCCUCCUCCAGCGGCAACACCUCCUCCUCCACCUCCAACUCAAACUCGACCACCCCUCAGCCAGACGAAGUCUUUGGCAUCAUGGACAUGUGUCCGAGCUGCGCCCACUUGGCCCACCAAUUGACGGCCAUCGAACUAGAGCGCCUGUCGCAUAUUGGUCCCGAGGAGUUUGUCCAGGCGUUUGCCAAGGAUUACCCCCAGCAGCAGGCCAAGGAUGGCGCAGGCGGAGGCGGUGCCGGCAAGGGUUCGUUGAACGAUAUGAAAAAGACGCGCAACCUGGAGUCGUAUGUGCAGUGGUUCAAUCGCCUCAGCUACUUGACAGCCAGCGAGAUUGUCAAGUAUCCGAAGAAGAAGCAGCGUGUUCGCAUCAUCGAGUACUGGAUUGAGACGGCCCGUGAGUGCUUCAACAUUGGCAACUUCAACAGUCUGAUGGCCAUAAUAGCAGGUCUAAAUCUGGCGCCCAUAGGCAGACUCAAGAAGACAUGGUCAAAGGUGCAAUCGGCCAAAUUCUCAGUGCUGGAACAUCAAAUGGAUCCAACAUCAAACUUCAAUAGCUAUCGCUCGACGCUCAAAGCUGCUAUGUGGCGCUCCGAGGGUGCCACAGAGGAACGCGAACGCAUAAUCAUUCCAUUCUUUAGUUUAUUUGUUAAGGACUUGUACUUUCUAAACGAGGGCUGCUCGAAUCGGCUGCCAAACAAUCAUAUCAACUUUGAAAAGUGCUCCCAGCUGGCCAAACAAGUGACGGAGUUCAACGAGUGGAAGAAGGUGACCUGUCCCUUCGAGAAGCUGCCGAACGUCAUUGCCUAUCUGCAGCACAGCGCAGUGCUCAACGAGAACACCCUCUCGAUGGCCUCCUUCGAGUGUGAGCCCCCCGAGAACACAGAGGAGAAGGAUCGCUACAAAACGGUGAAAGCCGAGACGAAACAACAACUGCUGCAGCAGUUGCAGGAGCAGCAGCACCAGCAGCAUCAGCUGCACCAGCACCACCACCAGUCGCAGUAGCCACUAUGCAGAGGGGUAGAUUAAGCUACGCUUAAGCGCUUGCCAUGAUUAUAUUUUUUUUCUACUAGAUCCGUAAGAUUGGGGAUAAUUCGUUAGCCUAAGUUGAAUGCGAUCGAUGGAGUUAGACAAACAGGACAGGACUAAGACCCGCCCGAACCAGCCGCAAGCCCUGCUUAGCCCCUCUUUGAGAAAGUAAAGCUUCUGAAGCUAUAUAUUAACCGUUGUCUUGUCAAUCCUCUCAUAAUUGUAUCGCCUCACAAAAUGAAUUUUCAACCACUUUGAUGCCCCCCGAUGUCCCCUCAAUCGAAUGAACGAACGAACGCAAAGCAUCUCCGCAAUGUUGCCAGUAAUUUAAAUUAUUUAACUACUAAGCGAAUAUUAGUAAAGGCGAAUCGAAUCGAAGCGAGAAGAACAGAAGAGAACGUAUGUACUUAAAGCAUUUUAUUGCUAACGAACAGCUAAUGCAACUAAUUUAGUUUCUUAAGAAGUAAUUUUUUUAUUACACAAAACAUUUUUGAUGUCAUUAUUUAUGUUCAAAACCAUCUGACAAAGUGCCCGUGGGCGCGAUAUUCGUAAGUGAACAGUAUUUAUAUUUAUAUAUAUACACAAUUUUAUAGCUAAA